AAGUUUUUGUUACAGUUCCAGCUGUGCUGUAGUUAAGCUUCAGCUAUCCCUACCUCAGGGAGUAGAAUUGCUUAGCUGGUUACGGCCCUGUGUCAAAGGAUGUGGUUUCCCUGAAGUUUGUUCCAGCUAGCCGCUUCAAUCUCUGUAAAUAAAGAUUAUGGAGAGAUGAAGAGGGAAGAUGCGUGUGGAGAGGACUGGCAAACCACCGGAUGGAGUGGACUGGGAUCUGAGGGUUCAAAGGUCGGCAAAGUUCGGAGGAGACCGAUGGUGGAAGAAUGACUACUGACUUUCACAGAAAUACACAUUCAGCAAAAAUGGCAUCUGAACAGAACCCAACACCUAAACAACAACCCACAUCAACUGCUGCCCAUAAGAUUGUUCUGUUUGAGCAAGAGAACUUUCAGGGCCGUUGUCAUGAGCUGAAUGGUCCCUGCCCCAGUUUGAAAGAGGCCGGACUGGAGAAAGUUGGCUCCAUUGUUGUACACAGUGGACCUUGGAUUGGCUAUGAACAGGCUGGCUGCAAGGGUGAACAGUUUGUAUUUGAGAAAGGAGAGUAUCCUCGCUGGGACACUUGGACAAACAGUCGCCGAAGUGACAAUAUUGGUUCCUUCAAACCUGUGAAACUGGAUGGGAACGAGCACAAGAUCAUUCUUUAUGAAAACCCCAACUUCACUGGAAAGAAAAUGGAAAUCAUAGAUGACGAUGUGCCAAGCUUCCAUGCUCAUGGAUACCAGGAGAAAGUGUCAUCCGUUCGUGUUCUGAAUGGAACAUGGGUUGGCUACCAGUACCCAGGCUACAGAGGCUACCAGUAUCUGCUUGAGAAGGAAUACAAGGACAACAGUGAAUUUGGAGCCCAGCAGCCUCAGAUCCAGUCUGUCAGACGUAUUAAGGAUAUGCAGUGGCAUCAGAGGGGCACCUUUCAUCCCACCAACUGAAAAGCACCUCUGCUCUCAUCAUCAAUUUCUCACCAAGUUGCCGCUAAAUUCCUAACCAUGGGUUAAAUGAAUGCUUUCCUACAGUAUUCUGUACGAAUAUGACAGCUGAGCCAAUUCAAUAAAGU